AUGUUCGGCUCCACAGGAACGGCUUUUGGCAACUCGGGCUCCACGCCCUUUGGGUCCGCCGCGACCCCCGCCACCACGGGCGCCUCGCCUUUUGGCAGCGCCGCUCCCAACCCCACGCCAGCGUUCGGCGCCGCUCAGCCGUCCAACGCGGCCUCCGGCUUCGGCGGCUUCGGCGCCGCCAACAGCAACCCCUCAGCCGGCGGCACAGGGCUCUUUGGUAUGUCUAACAACAGCAACUCCUCCUCCUCCACCACUGGCGCUGCGGCGCCCUUUGGUCAGGCAACAUCGGCUCCCGCCAACGGCCCGUCCCUGUUUGGCUCAGCCGUGCCCACGGGCGCCCCCAACACCUCUGUCCCAGGCGCGGCCCAGGGUCCCGGAACCGCCAUCAAGCCCUUCUCCACGUACACGGAGAAGGACGCCACCACGGGCUCCAACAAUGUGUUCCAAUCCAUCUCCUGCAUGCCCGAGUACCGGGCGUACUCCUUUGAGGAGCUGCGGUACCAGGACUACCAGGCCAAUCGCAGGUUCCCAACCGGCCCCGUGGGUUCUGCCGGUGUUGCCUCGCCAUUUGGCGCUCAGACCAGCUCGCCGUUCGCGCAGAACAAUAGCACUAAUACUAACGCCUUCGGAAUGGUAGGCAACAACAACAAUAACAACAACAACAACACCACCGGCGGGCUCUUCGGUCAAAACAACACUGGGGCCGCCGGUACCUCUGCUUUUGGCCAGCCUGCUGGCGGCUCGCUCUUCGGCGCCAACAACGCUGCCAACAAUUCUCCCUUCGGCCUGAACAAGCCUGCUUCCUCGGGGGGCCUGUUCGGGCAGCCUAGUAACACGGCCGCCCCCGGCGGUAGUGGUCUAUUUGGCCAGUCUAACAACACCGCGCAAGGCUCCGGCGGUUUAUUUGGCCAGAACAACAACACGGGUACCACUGGCAGCAGCAUGUUCGGGGCUACAAACAAUGCCCCUGGGCAGCAACCUGGCGGUUUGUUCGGCCAGCCCAGCACGAACACCGGAGGCGGACUCUUCGGUCAAAACAACAACGCAAAUGCCAACAACUCUCCUUUUGGCCAAUCAAACACCAACACGGGCGGCGGCCUAUUCGGCCAGAACCCCAACAACGGGGCCGCCAACUCUCCUUUCGGCCAAAACAACCAAGCGCAAGCCGGAGGUGGCCUCUUUGGAAAUAAGAGCGCUCCUUCAGGCGGACUAUUUGGCCAAAACAACAAUACUUCGGGUGGUGGCCUUUUUGGUCAGGCCAACAACACGAACAACUCUCCGUUUGGACAGAACAAUAACGCCGGAGGUGGUCUAUUCGGUCAGAACAACUCUGGUAAUACCGGAGGGGGUUUGUUCGGGCAGAACAAUAAUAACAAUAACACCACCGGUGGGGGCCUCUUCGGCCAGAAUAACAACAACAACAACAACGCAGGCGGUGGCCUCUUUGGCCAAAACAACAAUAACGCCACAGGGGGCGGGUUGUUUGGUCAGAAUACUGCAAACAACUCAACCUUUGGCCAAAACUCUGGCUCCGCUCCUUUUGGACAGUCUCAGCAACAGGGCAGCUCCCUUUUCGGCAACAAGCCAGCCGGUUCAGGCGGGCUCUUCGGUCAGAACAAUACCGCUUCUACAGGCUUUGGACAAAACAAUUCAAGUGCCGGUGGUGGGUUGUUUGGUCAAAACAACAACAAUAACAGCACAGGCAACACCGGAGGGCUCUUUGGCCAGAAUAACACUAAUACAGGCAGUGGUCUCUUUGGACAAAACAACAGCCAGCAGCAACAGCAACAACAACCUGCAGGUGGUCUCUUUGGGCAGAACACUCAACAGAACCAAGGGGGGCUUUUCGGCCAGAACAACGCCAACACCGGUGGAGGUCUUUUCGGCCAAAACAAUCAGCAACAGCAGCAACAGCCAUCUGGUGGGUUGUUUGGCGCAAAACCAGCCACUGGUGCGACCGGUGGGGGCCUCUUCGGUCAAAAUAACAAUCAACAGCCACCAGCUACUGGGGGCCUCUUUGGUCAAAACAACAACGCCAACCAACCUUCGACGUCCGGUGGGCUCUUUGGAAACAAGCCCGCGGGCUCUACAGGUGGCGGAUUGUUUGGACAAAACAACACUGCUGGUAACACAGGUACCACUGGUGGAGGGCUCUUUGGCCAGAACAACUCCACUGCCGCAAACAACAGCUCAGGCGGGGGGCUCUUUGGCGCUAAGCCUGCUACUAACACCGGAGGCGGCCUAUUUGGCAACAAGCCCGCGGGCGCUCCAACCACCGGAGGCGGCUUGUUCGGUUCCAAGCCCGCCGGAACCGCUACCGGAACCACCGGCGGAGGUCUCUUUGGUGCUAAACCAGCUGGCGCCGCUACUGGCGGUCUUUUUGGUAAUACAAAUGGCACGAACAACACCAAUGCCACUGGCACGCAGCCAGGUGUGUCAGGUGGUCUUUUCGGAAACCAACAAAACCAGCAGCAGGCGGCACCAGGCUCUCAGCCAUCCUUGCAACAAACCGGCGCCAAUCCAUAUGGCACCAACGAGCUGUUCUCCCGUGUUUUGAUUCCUGACUCUAUUACGCAGCCCACUAAGCCAAGUGCCACUAAGUUGAAUGCAGACUUCAAAAAGAAGGCUAGUCUUUCUGGAGCGUACAGAUUGGCGCCCAAGCCUCUCUUUGCUCCUAGAAGCGCGUCAACCAGUCCAGUGGCUCGUUUGGGGUCUACCACUACUUCUCAAAGCAAUGGAAGAGUUUUGUCGGUGGCAUCUUCCACAGAUUCGCUCGGCAGGGAAAUCGUGCCCGCAAACACUGGCUCAUCGUCUAUCUUCACAAAUGAAAGUGACGAGCUCAUACUUUCUUCUAAUGAUACCCUGUUCAAUCCUGAUAAGAAGUCAUUUAAGAACCUCAUUAUAAACAGGAAGAAGAUGGAAGACACCGUCGAUUCCAAGGAGGAUGACCAAGUGUUGAGGAUCACAUUCAAGGCUGAUGGAGAUUCCACCAGUAACGAAGGGGUCCAAGGGGGUGCUAAGACAGAAUCAACGAAGAUCGAGACACCUCUUUAUGACGAUGUUCAAGGAACGCCACUCCGUCAAGGAAGCAGGAUCGAUGCGCCCUUCAAAAACAGCGUAUCGACGCCAUUGGCCAAGACUCCGUUGAAAUCGUCGAACUUGGCAAGCUCUUCUGCCACGUCUACCACUAUAAACGAGAAACCAUCAGGUGUUAUUGGCGAUGACAUUUCUUUCAUGGACGAUGGCUACUACAUCUCGCCAUCUCUUGAGACCCUGUCCUCCAUGACCCUACUGCAGCUCCGCAAGGUCAGUGGUCUAACCAUUGGCCGCCGUGACUACGGUAAAAUAGAUUUCCUGGAGCCUGUUGACUUGUCCAACAUCUCUUUGCCCGCUCUAUGUGGGCAGCUUGUGGUCUUCGAGCCUAAAACGUGCACAGUAUGCCCCAACGCGUCAAUGCAACCAGCCGAAGGCGAAGGGCUGAACGUACGUGCUCGCAUCAGCACCUCUGGGUGCUACCCGGUGGACAAGUCUACCAGGAAACCCAUUAAGGAUCCUAACCAUCCUAUAAUAAAGAGACACAUUAACCGGCUGAAGAGCAUUUCAGACACCAAGUUUGACAGCUACGACCCACAGACAGGCACUUGGGUCUUCACCGUUGACAGUCCUGUGUAA